AUGAGGGGUUCCAAUGUACCAUCCAAUUGCUUGAGAAUGCCGAAGCAGUUGUUCAAAGGCUCAAGGACCUGUCCGAGGUCGGCAACUGGCUCAAAGAUAUUGACCGCCUCAAACAAAAAGCUAGCCCACAGCGUGUGGGCUUGUACCGCAGCGAUUACGGAGGUUUCGUACAACACUUCAGAUGAUCCCAAUGAGAAGUAUCGAGCAGAGGUGGAGUUCAUCACCGCCAACGAGUGGGCGAAAGAGCUCGAUAUUCUUCUUGAUGACAUUCAUAACGGCCAAGCGACGUUUGGGCCUGAGUUCUUUGGUACCGAGAGCGAAGCUGGCAUUGCCUAUCACAAACUCAGAGCGGUUUAUCCAGCGCUCAAGGGAGAUGAUAUCAAGAAGGGAAAAUUCAACGUGGAUACCUUGGUCAAAGACGACUCGAUCAAACACUUGUUCGGAUCCGUGAAGACUGUCGCCGGCCCGUCCUCCAACGGGUUUGUCAAGCUUCUUCGAACCUUUGUCUACUCCAAGGAGAAAGGUCGAGGACGGCCCAAGGAAGCGACAUCAGUCGAGUUUUGGCCUUUGAUCAAGGUUGUUCGCGUCUUUAUCAGGUCUGAGACUCUGAAAGGUGGACUGGUUCUCGUGGACUUGCAGUCAAACAGCCAGGUAUACAGAAUUGCAAACAGGUAUAUCCAACGCUGUUCAGGCCUCUGGGUGGUUACCCCGAUCACUCGAGCGGUUGAUGAUCUAGCGGCGAGACAGCUUCUCGGCAAGGCGUUCAAAAGACAGCUCCGGUUUGACGGGGCUUACUCUGCAGUCACCGUCAUCUGUUCCAAAACGGAUGACAUCUCCGAGACUGAACUCCUAAAAUCACUUCCAGACCAUGCUGAAACGCAUCGCUACGAUAAAAAACUCAAAAUGAUGCACGCCGAAGUCUUGGAAUGCAGUGGGGAUCUCAUGUCUAAGCAGCAACAGCUAGCGCAGGUCAGGGAAGAUAUUAAGCUCCUCAACAAUCAGAGUCUGCGCUUGAAGCUUACUCUACUUGAAAAUCCCUCCAAUGACAUGAUCGUUCUCGAGCUACCACAAGCUUCGCCAAAGCGACCUGCGAGACCAGCUGCGGAUGAGGCACGCAAGCACUUUCGAAAGCAGCAGCAGGAUGAAAGCCCCGAGGCGAGUGAUCUCAGUGACGACGCUGAGCCAUCAUUUGUGGAGGGUGAGCCUAGACAGGAGAAGAUUUCUCGAGAUGAGGCGUCUCAAAGACUCAUGAACGAGGUCAUCGAUCUACUAAAGAAGCAGAGGAGAAGCGCGUCCAUUCGCUUCCGCAAUGAUUUCUCGAAGCCUGAACUUCAGAGACAGUUUGGGGAAGGUGUUCUAGAGCUGGAUGAAGAAGAUGCCGCAUACGACGAUGAUUAUGAUCCCAGCAAGGUCCAGCAAGACAAGUACUACAAGAUCGGCAAAAAGCUCCCCGUCUUUUGUGUGUCAAGCAAUUCCUACCAUAAACUGAUGGGAAGACUUCAAGAAGACGAAUCAAUCCAUGGAUUUACCACGACUGACGACACCCAGGUUCCUAUGCUCAAGGAACACGCUCUCAACAUUGUCACCCAAAUAGAGUGUGAAAAUUACCGCCAAGUCUUGCGUGAUUUUGCUCGUUUUCUAACUGGUUUGCAUUUGCGAGUUCUCGUUGCUGCAAAGCCUUACACGCUAGUUGAAGACAUACGAGAGGUUGAGAAAGCCAUUCUCCAAGAUCGUCUCAAUGAACUCCAGCAAAGAUUUGACUCGAUGAUUGAGGAAGCUUUCAACAAUCUCGACCAGGCGGUGCACUCCAACAUCUUUUGCAAGUUGCCUAACGCUCGUGAUACGGCAUCAAAGAGUGCGACCACCGCCAUCGAGAGAUGGUUUUCGCGCCCGAGAAAUGGUGGCUUGCUGUAUGGCACAUUCCGCGCGGUGUGUGUCAGGGAGAUGAGUUUUAUCUCUCCCGAGUGGGAGAAGGUAUUCCCCGACCUCGUGACCAAGCAUCUCGUGCCCCUUGCCGACGGCAUGAUCAUGGAGCUACGUGCCUUCAGCAAUCUCACAGCCGAGCGUGAGGUCCUCAACGAGCUGCCGGUGUUUUUUGCGGUGAGGCACCAGAUGACUCUCCUAGAGGGAAUCCUCCAGGACGUGCCGAAACUGAGCAAGCGCCUCAACGAUACACAAAAGUCUGCCAGUCGCAUGAUCGUCUCGACCAUCACGGAGAAUAUGAUACCAGCAUACCAAGCUUGCAAAGAGAAGAAAGGAACGGGGUGCUUUGGACGGAUGAAAGAGCUGAUGACCACACAUAUUGAGACGAGACGGGACCCGAUGUUCAGAGCCGCAACUAAGAAAGUCGAGAAGACUUUGCUCGAGGGCUUGCGCGACUGCAGGGAGAGGGUUAUCGGAAAGGGCGGAGGGGUCGUUACGAAGACUGGCAGAGAAUUCAAGCGAGUGCUCUAUGUGGAGCACAGAAUCAAAGUCUCGGAGACUUCGAAGCGAGCCCUCGAAAACCUUCUGGCCACUGCCGAUCGAAGAUUCAAUGAGAUCCUGCAUGGCUCACCAUUGACACCAGGCACUGAGGUUCGGGAGAUGGACCGCUCGGCUGAGAAUGACGAUGGGUUUGAUCCAGCUCAGGACGAGCACCUGAGAGCUCCACCUGCCGAUGGAGAUGCUGAUUCUUCUGACGAACAUGAUGAUGCAAAGGUCGAGGAUCAAGAGAUGCACGAUCUUCCAGUGAAGAACGAGGAGCAUGAUGAGGAGUGA